ACUGCCUGAGAGAAAGGCUAGGCAAAGUGCUCCCUUGUGACAGUGCACCCAUAGCUGUGUAUGGAGCGAUUUAGGUGGCAGCUGAUAUGACAAAAGUGACAAGGAUGCAAGGGGGUUGUCUGAGUGGCCCGGAGUGCUGAGUAACUUAUGAGACACCCUCAUGCACUAUGGUGGGAGAAUAUGUGACAGCUGGCACCAAGACUUUAUCGAGGAUUAGACUGCCUGAUUAACCUAGUGAAGAGGGCGAGGCUCUAUUUGUCUCUGUCUCUUGCAGUCUCUCCUCCCCCCUGGGCUUGUCCUGCCCUGCCCGGACUGCAGAGAUCCGGAGAGACUGCUCCAAGAAAUAGAAUGAGAAGACUGUCACAAAAAGACCUGAUGACACGCCACGGAGUAGAGAGGGAACAUAGUAAGAAAAGGACAACAUAGAAAGGAGUGAUCGCAAGGGCAGGGUAACGAUACAGAAGAAGAUUAGUACAAGUGACAGGCUGAGAGCUGAUAAAGGGACAGCAGCAGAGGAUUAGCAAAAGGAUGAAGAUGGGAGGAGGAUGCCACUUGUGGGGUUUGACAGAGGGCCAAAGCCCCCCUCCCUGAACUUUGUCUGAGGGGCGGGGGGACAUUACAACUGUAUCCCCCAAGGGGUGAAAAGUUCCUGCAGAGACAACUAUAAGAACAGAUAAGGUUGACUGGGCAGGAUAGGCAUGAAGAGAAAUGGCGGAUCAGAGCCAAAUUCAGUCGUCUGCUUCCAAAAGCAUUCGGCCAUUCCGCUCCAGCGAGGAGUAUUUAGAGGCUAUGAAGGAGGAUUUGACGGACUGGCUAAAUAUGCUGUACGAUUUAGACAUGGAAGCUGGCACCUUCAUGGAAGUACUGGAAACAGGCUACACACUGUGUCAGCAUGCCAACAAUCUGAAUCGCUUGGCACAAGACUUCAAAGAGAAAAACCCUAAACCUGCUGCUCAUAUGCGGCUUCCACAGAAGGAUGUUACCUUUCAGGUGAAGGGGGCAGUGCCAGGCUCAUUCCUUGCUAGAGAUAAUGUGUCUAACUUUAUUGGCUGGUGCCGCCAGGAGCUUGGCAUCCCAGAGGUUCUUAUGUUUGAAACCAAUGACCUGGUAUUGAGGAAGGGGGAAAAGAGUUUUGUGCUCUGCUUACUGGAAGUGGCCAGAAGAGGGGCCCGGUUUGGCAUGCCUGCACCUACCCUUAUUCAGAUGGAAGAGGAGAUAGAGGAGGAGAUUAACAGGGGAAGAGCAGGCACUGAGAAGGGUGGGUACCUACUGGGUCAAAUGCCUGCUCGCCCUGCUCGUACCCUGUGUGAUCUUCGGAACCUGGAUGAGUUGGUUCGUGAAAUAUUGGGGUUUUGCCAGUGUCCCUCUCAGUUCCCGAUGAUCAAAGUCUCAGAAGGGAAGUAUCAAGUUGGGGAUAGUAACACCCUCAUCUUUGUACGGGUACUGCGUAGUCAUGUAAUGGUGCGAGUUGGAGGAGGCUGGGACACUCUGGAGCAUUAUCUAGAUAAACAUGACCCCUGCAGGUGUCUGUCUGUCUCUUCACUGAGGAAACUUAACACCACAUAA